GUCAAUUCAUAGAAGUCUAACCUCGUGGAAAUAUUAACUUAUAUCACGCUUUCCCUAUUUUAAACAAAAUGGCUUUAUCUUUGCACCCUAUUCAAUUAUUGAAAAACGAAGCUGAAGAAGAUAGAGGAGAGAAUGCACGAUUGUCAAGUUUUAUUGGUGCCAUUGCCAUUGGGGAUUUGGUUAAGAGUACUUUAGGACCAAAAGGAAUGGACAAAAUUAUACAAUCAUCUGGUAUGGAUGGGCGUGGAAUAGGAGAUAUUCAAAUAACUAAUGAUGGUGCAACAAUUUUAAAAUCAAUAGGGGUUGAUAAUCCUGCCGCCAAAGUGUUAGUUGACAUAGCAAAAACUCAAGAUAAUGAAGUAGGAGAUGGAACUACAUCAGUAUGUGUUUUGGCCUGUGAAUUGUUAAAGGAAGGCGAAAAAUUGAUUCACCAAAAAAUACAUCCGCAAAUUAUUGUAUCUGGUUGGAGAAAAGCUACAGAUGAAGCCCGCCGGGUUUUGAAAGAAUCGGCUAUCGAUAAUAGAAAUGACAAAACCAAAUUUAAUAAGGAUUUGAUGAACAUUGCCAGAACAACUCUUAGUUCCAAAAAUUUGGCCCAGCACAAAGAUUUUUUUGCCAAAUUAGCGGUCUCAGCUGCCAUGAGAUUGAAAGGCAAGGAAGAUUUAAAAGCUAUACAAAUCAUCAAAAAAUUGGGAGGCAAUCUUAUUGAUUCUUAUCUAGACGAUGGUUUUAUCCUAGACAAGAAAAUAGGCCUUAACCAACCCAAAAAGAUAACGAAAGCCAAAAUUCUUUUAGCCAACACCCCCAUGGAUACAGAUAAGGUUAAAGUGUUUGGUUCUCGCAUCAGGGUGGACAGUAUGGCAAAGGUUGCCGAAUUGGAAGGUGCCGAGAAGCUCAAAAUGAAGGAGAAAGUUCAAAAUAUCCUCCAAUAUGGCGAAAACGUUUUUAUUAAUCGGCAACUGAUUUACAAUUAUCCUGAACAACUCUUUGCUGACGCUGGUGUCAUGGCUAUUGAGCACGCUGAUUUUGAUGGCAUUGAAAGACUGGCACUUGUCACCGGUGGUGAAAUACUUUCAACAUUUAAUGCUGAACCAGGACAAGUUAAGCUGGGCCACUGUGAAUUGAUUGAGGAGAUCAUGAUUGGUGAAGAUAAAAUGAUUAAAUUUUCAGGGACCCCCAAUGCUGAAGCAUGCACGAUAGUUCUCAGGGCCGCUACUACUCACAUUUUGGACGAAGCAGAAAGAGCCCUUCAUGACGCUCUUUGUGUGCUAAGCCAAGCGCUCUCCACCAUCAACCCCACCAAUCUGGACAAGGGGGGCAAAAAAGGUGCUCAAUCUACCCAUGGAGUGGUGUGCGGAGGAGGUGCCUCAGAAAUGUUGAUGGCGGUUGCUGUUAAUAAACUAGCCCAAAGUACCCCUGGAAAAGAAGCCUUGGCUAUGGAAUCAUUUGCUAAUGCUUUAAUUCAAUUGCCCACUAUCAUAUCCGAUAAUGCUGGAUUAGACACCGCCGAUCUGAUACCAAAACUGAGAGCUUGCCACUUUAAGGGUCAACACAAAAUGGGACUUAACGUUCUAACUGGCGACCUAGGCGACAUGAAUUCCUUGGGAGUAACGGAACCGUUCAUCGUCAAACUUCAAAUCUUGCUCAGCGCUUCCGAAGCUGCGGAAAUGAUAAUGAGAGUAGACGACGUAAUAAAACAAGCACCCAGAAAGAGGGUUCCUGAUAGACAUCCUUGUUGAAAAUGAUAUUUUAGAAAUUGAUCAUUCUCUUUAUUUUCUCUUUUAAAUAAUUUUUUUUUGUAAUAUUCUUUGAUUCUGUAAAACAAUGAUUGUUAAAACGUUCGCUUUAUCCAAAAUAUUAUUAUAUUGCUUUUACUUUCGUUCCUGUA